AGUUGUUGCGCAGAGCGGCAGGUGUGCGCUGCGGGUGAUUUACGCAGUCAGCCGAGGCGCUCUCCCACUCAUUCAGCUGUGACCAGCACGGCUUGGCACAAUUAGCGCUGCUGCACUGGGUGCCCUUUUAUCAGUCUUUGUGCGGGAUAUGCGGUGAUUACACAUCUCGAUUAACGGAGUGGACAGAGGUUGGACAAUGUGCUAAGGAUGUCACAAUUCAGUGGAUGGGUUUUUCACCUUGGUUUAUUAAAUUUUUUGCAGAGCAACAGCAUCAGUCUGACUCUUAAGUGAACCUCUGUCUUCCAAGUCAAAGUCAAAGUGUAAAGAGUUCAGCAGUGUACUAAGGCUUUGUCUGUAUGGAUGGGAAUGGGAACACGGGCUACCUGCAGUAACCAUGAACAAAUUAAAUGGAAACUUCAUGUUUUCAUCAUACUGCUGCUUGUUCUCCUUCUAGCUUCACAAGCAAGGGCAGAGUGUAGGAUCAUGAGGUGUAACUCAGAAUUUGUAGCUGCAACAUUAGACCUGGGAGGCAGUGGUGGUGGUGGGGGUGGGAAAGAUGCAGGCAAUGUGGGUUACUGCAGUGCCCUGCGCUCCUAUGCCACCUGUACUCGGCGCACUGCCAGCGCCUGCCGUGGUGACCUGGCAUACCAUUCUGCUGUGCAGGGCAUCGAAGACUUGCUCAUCCAACACCACUGUCCUAAGUCAGGGCCGACAGCUCAACCCCGGCCUCUACCUCAGGCCCCGGUAUCUGUGGAGGCCUGCUUUUAUGAGAAAAGCUAUGUGCAACGUGAAGGCCGUGCACCAGAGUACCUACACUGUGGUGUGUUUGGAGACCCUCAUAUCCGCACUUUUAACAAUGAGUUCCAGACGUGUGCUGUACCUGGUGCCUGGCCCCUCAUUGACAACCAAUUUCUGUACAUACAGGCCACCAGCUCACACACUAUUGAGAGCUCUCAUGCUACUGCACUCACCAAGAUCACGAUCAUUUUUAAGAACUGGCGGGAGUGUGCUGAGCAGCAGAUUUACCAGGCAGAGGUGGACAAUGUCCCUGCAGCAUUUGUAGAUGGUUCUACAAGCAGUGGUGAGCGACGAGGUCAGCACAGCCUGCAGGUGCGUUCCCAGGCCCCGGGAAGCCACGCGGAGAUCUGGGCAGCGCACAUCGGCACAACAGUGGUGGUACGUCAAAGCGGCCACUCACUGGGGCUGGCUGUGCGCACUCCACGUGCUAUUAUUGAGUCAUAUACGCCUGAGCAGGACUUGCAGCUGUGUUUGUGGGGAUGUCCGGCCUCUCAGCGCUUAAACACACCGUCUGUUUGGCCCACCACACUUGCAUACAUACACUGCUCAUCUUUACUACCAGCCCAGGAUGUCUACUUCCAGGCAUGCCUUUUUGAUCUGCUGGCCACUGGAGACAUGAACUCCAGCUCAUCUGCACUCGAGGCUUUGGAGGAUGCCCGAGCCAUGAUUGCUGACCCAGAAAAGGUGCAUCUACUGGCAGCUGCAGCAAGCAGGCAACCCUUAUGUCUCAUAACAGUAUUUAUGACACUAAUUACAUUUAGACUCAUAAUUUAAAUCAUUAAAUGUGAUUAUACUGAUAUCACUAAAAUGGCAGCUAUUUCAUAUUGUGACAUUUUGUUAAGAUGUAAAAAAAAAAAAUUAGUUAUACCACUUUCACAUAAUAUUUUCUGAGAACCUUGGUAACUGAACAAUCAAACAGAUUUUUUGUUUCGAUUCGAAAAAUGGGGUAAUAUGUCCUGAUGUAUUAUUAUCUGUGACCUGCAAUAUUCUCCAGGAACACGGGAUGUUAUUUUUAUUUUCUGAUUUAAGUUAAAGUGACAAAAUAUUUCAAUACUAGAAUAUUAUUUAAUGUAUUAAUCUUUGUUAUUGUGACUAAUUUGAUUAGAUUUUUGAAUCCUUCAUUGAAAGAUCAUUGAAAACUGUAAUGAAUGUCUCAUGGGAUGUACUCGAGAAUACAGUCUGGAACUGUGCCUUGGAAAUUCAGUAUUUUUUAUUUUUAAAAUAUGAUAAUGAAAUCUUGGUCAAAUUUGGUAUUUCUUUUUCAGUUUGUGAUAUAAAGAUUAAACAGUAUUAGAAUGUAAGGAUUCUGUUACCUGAAACAAUGGCUUCCAGUUUUAAAACAGUUUGAAAUCCAGCUACUCUUUCCACACAGUCAAUGUUGAUGUUCAAAUAUUUAAAUACAUGAGUAAAAAUUUAAUGCACUUGCAUUUUAUUUGUUUUUAUUUGUUACUGUUUUAUUUUACAAGUUGCUUGUUUAGUGAAGAACAGUAGCACAUCAGGUAUAGUCCCGGGUUGUGGCGUUUCUGUGCAUGAUCUCCUCAAGUCCACAUCA